CUGCACGCCUUCCCUAACCUAAUUUAAAAUUUCAGAAGCACGCAACGUAAAACGUGUUUUGCCACUUUUGUUUUGUUUGCCUAAUAAAAUUAAAUAUUCUUUUGCACCUCCGUGAAGCGAAAAAUACGCCGAGAGGUUGCAGUUUUCGAUAAAAAUAUAAUAAAUAUAUUAAUUCUUCUGAAAAAAACUUCCUGCAGUUGAUAAAUUACAAUGGCCGAAGAAAUCAACCCUAAAGCUUACCCCCUUGCCGACCCAAUCUUAACCACCAAAAUCCUUAAUUUGGUGCAACAGGCAAUGAAUUACAAGCAGUUGCGUAAAGGGGCCAAUGAAGUGACCAAAACACUGAACAGAGGCAUAGCCGAGUUCAUUGUUAUGGCCGCCGAUGCUGAGCCAAUCGAGAUUUUAAUGCAUUUACCCUUGUUGUGUGAAGACAAGAAUGUUCCCUACGUAUUCAUAAGGUCGAAACAGGCCUUAGGACGUGCAUGUGGUGUAUCAAGGUCUGUUAUUGCAUGCAGUGUGACCAUUAAUGAAGGUUCUCAACUGAAACCUCAAAUACAGACGAUCCAGCAGGAAAUUGAACGCUUAUUAGUUUAAGUUUAAAUAAAGUACAAAAUGACUAAAAUAGUUUGAUAUAUAUAUUUUUUUUUAGUAAUUAAUGAUUAAUUACAGCUUCUUUUAUAUGUA